AUGCGGCAGGCGGCGGCCGCGGGGCGCACUACUGCAAAAAGGUCGGUCAGCCAUGGCGGCUCAGUGCUCGCCCAGCUCUACGAACACGCAACACCACAGUCCCUAGGCCUCGUCGUCCUCCUCUUCUUCCUUGCCGCCGUGCGCUUGGCGACGCCGCGGUCCAGAGCGGAGAAGCUGCUCAGCAAGCUCCCUACGCCUCCGUUGAGGCUCCCGGUCAUCGGGCACCUCCACCUCGUUGGACCCCUCCCGCACCGCUCCCUCCGCGAGCUCGCCCGGCGGCACGGCCCCGACGUGCUGCUCCUCCGCCUCGGCGCCGUGCCCACGCUCGUCAUCUCCUCCCCACGCGCCGCCAAGGCCAUCCUGCGCACGCACGACAACGUCUUCUUGUCCCGGCCCUUCUCCGCGGUCGCCGACGUCCUCUUCUACGGCACCACCGACGUCGGCUUCGCCCCCUACGGCGAGUACUGGCGCCAGGCCAGGAAGGUGGUCACCACGCACCUCCUCACCGUGCGAAAGGUCCGCUCCGGCCGCGCCGCCCGCGAGCAGGAGGUGCGCCUGGCGCUCGCCAGGGUCAGGGACGCCGCCGCCGCGCGCGCGGCGGUGGACCUGAGCGAGAUCUUCAGCUUCUUCGCCAACGACGUCGUGUGCCAGGCCGUCACGGGCAGGCUCCCCAGGGAGCAAGGCAGGAACGAGCUGUUCCAUGACCUGCUGGUGACGAACAACACCGAGCUCCUGGGGGGGUUCAAUCUGGACGAGUAUUUCCCCAGCUUGGCACGGCUCAACGUGGUGCCCGCGAAGGCCGCCAAGCACAGGAAAAGAUGGGACGACCUUCUGGACGGCCUCAUCGACAAGCACGCGAGCAAGACGGUGAGUGGCGAGCACGAGGAGGAGGACUUCAUCGACGUGCUGCUCUCCGUUCAGCAAGAGUACAGCCUGACCAGAGACAACAUCAAGGCAAUACUGAUGGACAUGUUUGAAGCUGGGACGGACACAACAUCCAUCUCGCUGGACUUCGCCAUGGCUCAGCUGAUACGAAAUCCAAAGGCAAUGGCCAAGCUGCAAGCUGAGGUGAGGAGGUGCGCUAGCCGCAAGGGGAAGCACGAAAUCUUCACAGAAGAUGACCUGAGCACCAUGAGCUACCUGAAGGCGGUGAUGAAAGAGGCGAUGCGGCUGCACCCACCGGCCUCUUUUAUGAUACCCCACUCCUCCAUGGCUGAAUGCGAGGUAGAGGGCUAUACCAUACCCUCCGGGGUACGUGUACUCCUCAACGUGUGGGCCCUAGGCAGGGACCCCGCCUGCUGGGAGAGUGCGGAGGAGUUCAUGCCCGAGCGCUUCUUGGAGGAAGCCAUGGAUGCUGCUUCCGACUUGCAGGGGAACGACUUCCGGUUGUUGCCGUUUGGGUCCGGGCGAAGGAUGUGCCCGGCUGUGAAGUUCGCCACUGCCACGUUCGAAAUCAUUCUAGCCAACCUUAUCUACCACUUCAACUGGGAGCUUCCGCCGGGGACGACAGGCGUCGACAUGACGGAGACAUUUGGGAUUAAUGUGCAUCGUAAAGAGAGGCUUCGUCUUGUCCCGUGCGUGGCUCACGGCGUCUAGAUUUAUACAUGUUUUGUUGCAUCACAUUAUUUCACCCGUUUGCUGAUAAAUCUUGGUUAAUUAGUCUAGUUCAACUGCUUUAUGCACAACAAUAAGUGUGCCUUGUUAGCUUUUAAUGAUUUACAAAGAGGAGUGAUUUUAACUGAA